GGGGUCAGCCAGACAAACAACGGGGACAAGUGGAAGUGUACACAGUACACAGACUCUCCGUGUAGGACAAGAUCUAGAGCAGAAGUCGCUGACCGCUGACUUAGAAAUCUUUACUGACCCUCGUAGUGCUAUCUAUCUAAAAUUUUGACCCGUCGUUUUGCUGUUGCUGUGCUGUUGCUGGUCUGAUGCUGGACGCACUGUGUUGGAGCUCUUAUGCGGUGCGCACGUUCCAUUCGUGGUCCUGGUUUUAAUGCCGAUUUUAUGAGUUACCGGAACUGAUAUACCUGUAAUUGCAGCAAUAACCACGUCUGGGUGACAAGUUUGAUUACCGAGCUAUCUGAGCUGCUCUUAAAUAAAAUAGCACAUCACCAUGUUUUGGGAUAUUGUACAAAGCUUUGGUUUGAGUCCUCUGGUGUUUGUGGUGCUGCUGCUGACCCUGGUCUACUUUUUCAUGCCUCGGUCAAACCAGCCAGUCAACAUCCCUCCCAUCCCUCAGAGACCGUUCCCAUUUUUAGGACACUUUCCAAUGAUUGCAAAAAACCCGAGGGGGAAAAUGGAAGAGUGGACUGCAAAAUCCGGCAAUAUAUUCAGCAUCUACAUCGGAAACCAAUUGACAGUUGUUUUGAGUGGAUAUGACGUGAUGAAGGAAGCUCUAGUCAAGCAGCCAGAUAUAUUCUCUGAUCGACCCAAGUUAUUUAUCCCAAGUUUGACCGAGAAUGGAUACAAAGGUAUACUACCAGCUUCUGGAGAAACCUGGAAAGAGCAAAGAACAGUGACUCUGUCGAUUCUGAGGUCAUUUGGCAUGGGGAAAAACUCUUUGGCUGAAAAAAUUGGAGAAGAAGUUGAGGCCUACGUGGAUGCUUUGAAGGACUUAAAGAGUGAGCCUAGCAAUGUCAGAACACUGACCAACAACUGUGUGUCUAACGUCAUCUGCAACAUCAUCUUUGGCAAGCGAUUUGACCUCGGAGACCCCUACUUUGUCCAUUUAUUGGAGAUUCUCAAUGAGCAAGUUGUGCUAGUGGGUGAAACGGCCAUCCUUAAUGUAUAUCCAUGGCUUCGUUUUCUGCCUGGUGACUUAUUUAAGGCAAAAAAAUUGCUGGAGAAUUUUAACGAGGUUCUCAGCUUUGUAAAUGACCGCUACGUAGUGCCGAUGAGCAAAAACAUUGAUGAGAACAACACAGAUAGUAGCCUGAUAGCUGCCUACGUCCAGGAGAUGAGGAAGAGGCAGUCAAGUGGAAAGCCAACCACUAUGGAUGAUGGGAACCUGACACGUGUGAUUCUUAAUCUAUUUCUGGCUGGGACUGAGACAACCAGCACCACCAUUGUCUGGUUUUACUUGUUUAUGAUUCACCAUCCAGAUAUCUUAACAAAGGUGUAUGAGGAGAUUGAAGACGUGGUGGGCAGAGAGCGAGCACCUUCUAUGCUUGACAAACCCAAACUGAACUAUCUCAAUGCCUGCAUCAUGGAGACACAAAGAUUAGCCAGCAUUGUGCCUUUCAGCCUUCAGCAUGUGUGCACAAAGACAACAACUGUCCAGGGAUACACCAUUCCAGAAGGCACUACUGUAAUUCCCAAUCUGGAUCGUGUCUUGUGGGAUGAAAAAACCUGGGGUGACCCUCGAAACUACCGCCCAGAGAGAUUUCUGGAUGGUGACAGAAAUUUGAAGAACUAUGAAGAAUUCGUACCUUUCUCUUUGGGUCGUCGGGUUUGUCUGGGCGAGUCUUUGGCCAAGAUGGAGCUCUUCCUCUUCCUGGCCGGGAUCUGCCAACGGUUUGACAUACAACCUGCUGUGAAGGGUCAACUCCCACCUCUCAAAGGUGUCUUUGGCAUCACUUCAGCCCCAGAGGCUUACAAAGUCAGAUUUGUAGAGAGAUAAAUAUAAUUAACUUUCAGCCUUUUGAUGUUAUAAAACUAUUACCUUCAACAUAAGUGUAUAGCCUUGUACUUGUAACAACAAGAAUGUUGAGUUGUCGGUUUGU